AUGAACGAUCCGGAUGGAGUAUUCUGGUUCGAAGAAAUUUCAUCACGUAACGAACGUAUUAUUUUAAACGUUGGAGGAAUCAAGUAUGAAACAUAUCGCUCAACUUUGACUGCAUAUCCUGAUACAUUGCUUGGAACUAUGUUUCAGGCAAGAAAUCACUCAUUACUACAUCCAACAAAUAAUAACGAAUACUUUAUCGAUCGCAAUGGCCGUGCAUUUCAUUACAUUUUAGAAUUUUAUCGAACCGGAGAAGUUAUUUGGCCAAAUGAUGAUUCAGUGCAAACAUGUUGUUGUACACAAGUAUCUCGACAAGAAUUAACCAUGGAAUUAGAUUAUUUUCAAAUUCCUGUUUCUAAAGACAUUGAUUUAAAAAAUGUUGACAAUCCAAAAUCCUUAGCAAUAAAAUUAGAUGGAUUUGUUACGGCUUUAGGUGAAUCAAUAUGUCUUGCAAGACAAGAUUAUCAAACUGUCCUUCAUAUAAAAUUUUAUGAUCGUUUACCUAUUCAUAACAUGAAAGACAUUCCAAAAACUCUUCCUAUUCAAAUUCAUUCUCACCCACAAAUAGAUAGAUUAUUUAGACCUUAUAUUAGUAGUGGUUUUUAUAUAUUGGAAAUGUUUUCUAAACAUAUAGAAUCACACAUUAAAAGUCUCAUGCCAGAUAUACGAUGGUGUUUGGAUAAACGAUUCAAAUUUGAACCUGAACCAACUUAUUAUGAUUUAAAAAUUGUUGGAAGUAGUUUAUUGGAUAAAAAUGAAAUAUUAAAAUAUUCAAAUAUCGGAAAAUAG